UGCUCGUGUCUUUCUUAUCUCACACGAAAUCUUCCGCAGUUUGUUGCUGUUUUUUUACAUUCCCGUUACUUUUGGACAAAAACUCGUGAAAACUAGUGGAAAUUCAGUGUUGUAUAAGUUGUAUAUCCGCUGUCGCCAUGCUUCCGGGUAUCGGAAUGUUCGGUACCGGUGAGAUAACCCGGGUGCUGGUGCCGAUCCUCCGCGACAAGGGUUUCAACAUUGCCGCCAUCUGGGGACGCACUUUGCGAGAAGCGGAGGAAGCUGCCCUAGAAUUGGCGAUUCCGUUCUUCACCAGCAAAAUUGACGACGUGUUGCUGCGGAAGGAUGUCGAUAUGGUGUUCAUCACUUGCCCUCCGUACCUGCACUCGCAGAUCUCGGUCAAGGCCCUCGGGAUCGGGAAGCAUGUGGUCUGUGAUAAGCCGAUGAGCCUCUUUCAAACGGACGCCCUCAAAAUGGUCCGCGCUUGCCAGUAUUAUCCGUCGUUGAUUUCCAUCGUGAAUCACUCGUUGCGUUUCUUGCCAGCCAUUGGGCACAUGAAGAAAGCCAUCCAGGAGGGAUAUUUGGGACCACCGGAGGAGCUGUCGUUGAUCGACGUUAAGGUGCGCAUGAGUUCUUUGUUCCACAACAAGUUUGACUGGUUGUGCGACGAGACGAUGGGUGGCGGAGUCCUAAAUUUGGUGGGAAGUCACGUGAUAGAUUUGGUAAAGUUUCUAACGGAACGGAAAGCUGUAAAAGUUCAUGGAACGGUGCGAACCUACAUCAAACAUAUGGGCCAGAUCAAUGGAAUCCGUCAGAUUACAGCUCCAGACUUUUGCACAUUCCAGAUGGAGCUGGAAAGUGGAACUCUGGUAACAGUGAAUAUAAAUUGUCACAUUUCAAAUAAUGCUUUCCAUCAGGAAGUGGCUGUCUAUGGCGGCGAAGGGCACCUAACGGUGAGAGGAGGUGAUUUGGUGGGUCAUCGAACGACUGGCGAAACCGGAGUUAUUAAGGAGGAAAUGUUGUACAUCGACGUGCAAGAUUUGCAAUUUUCCACUUCGGAAACGACACUGCCAAGGCCUUACGUUAAGGGACUAUGCAAAAUGGUGGGUGCACUGCGCGAUGCUUUCCAUCCGAAUAAAGAGACUACUGGUUGGAUAAAGGAACCGGUUCAAGCUGCUGCUACCUUUGAAGAUGGCCUUUACGUUCAAGCGGUUCUGGAUGCCGUACGGAAGUCUAGCGAGGACCGAUGCUGGACCAAGGUAAAUGUUUGUACUGAAUCUCCUACGAACCAGAAAUUUCUAUCGGCCGCCAGGAUGACUUCUGCCACUGCCCUCCAUUAAAUGUAGUUGGGGUCAGUACGACAUGGCAGUAUUAGCUAUUUAUAUUUUACUUUGCUUUUGAGAUCACAUAGUAUUUUUAACAUAUACUUCGUGCUAUUUUUAUAACAACCAGCUAUUUUUUCACAUUUUUGUGCCUAAAUUAUUUUUUAUCUUGUUAUUCACCGCUUUAAAAAAGAAACACAUUCGAAUACACGAUUUACUUUCCAA